AUGCACCUCCAAAACCUCCUACCCAUCCUCUCCGCCUUGGGAAUAACCUCAGCCGCCAUUAUUACCUCCAAACCAGCCCACCUGUGGGCAACCCAUUACAAUGGGAACGUCUACACCCUAGCCCUGAAGAACAAUGACCUCUCCAUAUCACAAACACUCAAGACCUGCGGCGACAUGCCGAGCUGGUUAACCCUAGACGCGCAGACCCGUACCGUCUACUGCUCCGAUGAGAGCGGAACUGCCGAUCCUUCCACGAAUGGCACGUUGACGGCCCUGCAUGUCAAACCAGACGGCACGCUGCGUCAAGGCGCGGUCGCGAAGACUGUCGGUGGUGGCGUCAAUAGUGUUAUUUAUGAGUCGGAUGCGGGGAAGAAGUUUAUUGCAAUUGCGCAUUACGAAGGCUCAGCUAUCUCAACCUUCGCCCUACCUAUUAAACAAAACCAAUCAAGCCUGCAAGCCUUCCAUUUCAACCUCACAAGACCGGGCAAAUUCGACCAGCAGGACUCGCCGCACCCGCACGAAGUCAUCCUCGACCCGACCGGCUCGUUCAUCGUCAGUCCGGAUCUCGGCGCGGAUCUACUGCGCGUGUAUGCGAUCGAGGAUGGCCCGUCCGGAAAGCUGUCAGAGUGUCCGAGCGUGAACAUUACCUACGGCAGCGGGCCGAGACACGGCGUGUUUUGGACAGAUGGCACCGGCCGGUCUGAGGUUGGGUCGACGCAUUCGCGGAAGAUAGCCGCUGUCGGCGAGACGAUGUUCUAUCUUGUUAACGAGAUCGGGGGUACGAUGAUGGUGUUUGACGUUUCGUAUUCGAGGUCUGGGUGUUUGUCUUUUGAACAGACGCAGACACUGGUGCUGUAUCCCGGGGGUGUUAUGCCGGAGGGUGCGACGCCGGCUGGGAUUAGUAGAAUCGGGAAUGCGCUUUAUGUUUCGAUUCGGAGUGAUCAGGGGUUCGCGCCGAGUGAUUCAAUGGUUGUGCUUGAUCGGUCUCCUGUAGAUGGGUCGGUUGAAUUGCGGGACUCAUCUUCUGCAUUUGGCAAGGUGCCGCGGACAUUUGUGAUCAAUCGUGCUGGAGACCUGGUUGCCGUUGGAAAUCAAGCUUCUGCGACGGUCGCGAUUGUGCGCCGGGAUCCGAGGACAGGGAAUUUGGGUGAGGAGAUUGCUUCUCUACAGGUUGGCGAGCCUGGAAAGGUGGGAACUGCGGAGGGUCUUAGCAGUGUCAUCUGGGAUGAGUAG